AUGGAAAAAAUUAAACCGAUUAAAUCGAUUUUAGUUGCAAAUCGUGGUGAAAUAGCAAUACGAGUAUUUCGAGCAUGUUCUGAGCUCGGUAUUAGAUCAGUUGCAAUUUAUUCGGAACAAGAUAGAAUGCAUAUGCAUCGUUCUAAAGCAGAUGAAGCGUAUUUAAUUGGUAAAGGAAUGAGUCCAGUUGAAGCAUAUUUAAAUAUUCCAGAAAUAAUUCGUAUAUGUAAAGAAAAUUGUAUUGAUGCAGUACAUCCUGGUUAUGGUUUUUUGUCAGAAAGAUCUGACUUUGUUAAGGAAUUGACAAAAAAUGAUAUACGUUUUAUAGGACCACCACAAAAUGUUGUUAAGCAAAUGGGUGAUAAAGUAGAAGCACGUUUUGCAGCAGUUAAAGCAAAUAUACCUAUAAUACCGGGUACUGACAAGCCGAUUACAAAAAAAGAAGAAUGCAUUGAAUUCUGUGAAAAACAUAAUCUACCAAUAAUUUUAAAAGCUGCAUAUGGAGGUGGUGGUCGUGGCAUGAGAAUUGUUCGUGAUAUGGAAAAUAUAUCGGAAUUAUUUGAAUUAGCAAGCUCUGAAGCGAAAACAGCAUUUGGUAAUGGUGCAAUGUUUAUUGAAAAAUUAAUCGAAAAUCCUCGACAUAUUGAAGUACAAAUCUUAGGUGAUAAAUAUGGCAAUAUAGUACAUUUAUAUGAAAGAGAUUGUUCGGUGCAAAGACGUCAUCAAAAAGUUAUUGAAAUAGCACCAGCACCGAAUUUAUCGAAAAUUACACGUGAUAAAAUUACUGAAGCAGCUGUUAGUCUAACAAAACACGUUAAUUAUGAGAAUGCCGGAACUGUAGAAUUCUUAUUAGAUAAGAAUAAUAAUUUCUAUUUUAUAGAAGUCAAUGCAAGAUUACAAGUUGAACAUACAAUAACUGAGGAAAUAACUGGAGUUGAUUUAGUUCAAUCACAAAUUCGAAUAGCAGAAGGAUGCUCAUUAUCUGAUCUUUGUUUAACUCAAGAUAAAAUUAAUACUUGGGGCUUUGCUAUACAAUGUCGUGUUACAACUGAAGAUCCUACCAAAGAUUUUCAACCAAAUUCUGGUCGAAUAUCUGUUUAUAGAACUGGUGAAGGUAUGGGAAUAAGAUUAGAUGGAACUUCAACAUACCCGGGUGCAAUAAUUACAACAUUUUAUGAUUCUUUGUUAUGUAAAGUGAUUGCUCACUCUGGAAAUUUAAAAAGUACUGCAGCAAAAUUAUGUCGUGCUUUAACUGAAUUUCGUGUAAGAGGUGUUAAAACAAAUAUUCCAUUUCUAUUGAAUGUUCUUAAACACAAAAAAUUUUUGAAUGAAAUUGUAAACACAAAUUUUAUUGAAUCACAUCCAGAACUUUUUAUAUUUGAUGUUUCACAGAAUCGUGCUCAGAAAUUAUUAACAUAUAUAGCAAUGAUUUUAAUAAAUGGACCACAAACCCCGUUAUCUACGAAUUUAUUGCCAGCGAAUAUUACUCCAGAUAUACCACAAAUAUUAAAUUGCGUUGGUAAGAAACAAGAAAAUGAUGCUUGUCCACCGAAAGGUUUUCGGGAUACAUUAUUAUGUGAAGGUCCAGAGGGUUUCGCAAGAAGAAUUCGUUGUAAUCCGAAUCUUAUGUUAAUGGACACAACAUUUCGAGAUGCUCAUCAAUCCCUUUUAGCAACCAGAGUUCGAACAUACGACAUUUUAAAUAUAUGUCCAUUUGUAGCACACAAAUUUUAUAAUCUUUAUGCUUUAGAAAAUUGGGGUGGUGCAACUUUUGAUGUAUCAUUGCGUUUUCUGCACGAAUGUCCAUGGGAAAGAUUGGUUGAAAUGCGAAACUUAAUACCGAAUAUACCAUUUCAAAUGCUUUUACGUGGAGCUAAUACUGUUGGGUACACAAAUUAUCCAGAUAAUGUAGUUUUUAAGUUUUGUGAUUUAGCUGUUCAAGCUGGGAUGGAUAUAUUUCGUAUUUUUGAUAGUUUAAAUUAUCUUCCUAAUAUUAUUUUAGGAAUGGAAGCUGUUGGAAAAGCUGGUGGUGUAAUCGAAGCUGCAAUAUCAUAUACGGGAGAUAUAAGUGAUCCAACAAAAACUAAAUAUGAUUUGAAAUAUUACAUGAAUUUAGCUGAUGAUCUUAUCAAAGCGGGCACUCAUAUACUUGCGAUUAAAGAUAUGGCUGGCUUAUUAAAACCAGAAGCAGCAAAAAUACUUAUAUGUACACUCCGAGAAAAAUACCCCAAUAUUCCGAUUCACGUUCAUACACAUGAUACUGCUGGUCUUGGUGUUGCUACACUUUUGAUUUGUGCAGAAUCCGGGGCUGAUAUUGUUGACGUGGCAAUAGAUUCAAUGUCUGGAAUGACAUCACAACCGAGCAUGGGAGCAAUUGUAGCUUCAUUACAAGGAACUAAUGUAGAUCCUAAAAUUAAUUUAAAUGAUAUAUCGCAAUAUUCAGCUUAUUGGGAGCAAACUCGUACAUUAUAUGCUCCUUUCGAGUGCACAUCAACAAUGAAAUCAGGCAAUGCUGAUGUAUACAUGCAUGAAAUACCAGGUGGACAAUAUACAAAUUUACAAUUUCAAGCAUUCUCUCUUGGAUUAGGGCAACAAUUUGAACAAAUUAAAAAUGCAUAUAGAGAAGCAAAUUUAAUUUUAGGUGAUAUUAUCAAGGUCACACCAUCGUCUAAAGUGGUUGGUGAUUUGGCUCAAUUUAUGGUUCAAAAUAAAUUAAGUUAUGAUGAUGUUCUUAAUAGAGCCAAAGAAUUAUCUUUUCCAAAAUCAGUUAUUGAAUUUUUACAGGGAUACUUAGGUGUACCACAUGGAGGAUUUCCAGAACCAUUUAGAUCAAAUGUUUUAAAAGAUAUAGAACGAAUUGAAGGACGUCCCGGUCAAAAUAUGAAAUCAUUAAAUUUCGAUGAACUUAAAAAUCAACUAAAAGAUUCUUUCACCGAAAUAAAUGAUUUUGAUGUAAUGUCAGCCGCGCUCUAUCCAGAUGUUACAAAAGAUUAUCUUAGUUUUAAAAAUAAAUAUGGUCCCGUUACAAAAUUAAAUACAAGAGUUUUUUUUACUGGACCAAAUAUUGGAGAAGAAAUUGAUGUUAUGCUGGAAAUUGGUAAAAAUAUACAUAUAAAAGUUGUUGCAAUUGGUAAUGAUUUAACGGAAAACGGUGAACGUGAAAUUUUUUUUGAAAUGAAUGGUCAAUUAAGAUCUGUUUUCAUAUCAGAUACGAAAGUUGCUGUUAAUUUAAAAAUUCAUCCAAAAGCAUCUAAAACAAAUACAAAUGAAAUUGGUGCACCAAUGCCUGGUACAAUUUUAGAUAUACAAAUAAAACCGGGUGAUAAAGUUCAAAAAGGUCAAACAAUAAUCAUUUUGUCAGCUAUGAAAAUGGAAACAAUUGUUCAAGCACCAAAAGAUGGUAUUAUUAAAAGUAUUGAAGUUGUAAAUGGUAUGAAAGUUGAAGGUGAUGAUUUACUUGCCAUCUAUGAACAAUAAUUGAAAGUGUCGUAAUAUGUGAAGCGUCUGUACAAAAUGUCAAA